AUGGCAUUCGCCUACACAGUCGCGUCCCAUCUAGCAUACUUCGAUACCCCGUCAGCCGAAUUCGCCGCAAGACGCCCGGAAAUCGAAUAUUUGGGCGUCGGAGGAUACAUUUUCUCCCAAGAUGCAGAGCUGACUGGAUCCCACUCAACAUCCCCACCGCGCAUCCUGCUGCUGCAGCGAGCGCUAACCGACUCGAUGCCUGGAUUAUGGGAAGGACCCGGGGGCGCACAUGAGCCAGAGGAAGAUAGAACUCUGCUAGAUGGCGUUGUGCGUGAAGUUCUUGAGGAGACUGGACUGCAUGUUUCGCGGUUUGUGGAGCUUGCCGGGGUGGAUGGAUGGACUCAUCAGCAGCGAGAUGGACGGUUUAUUCGCAUUGCCAAGUACUCGUUCAUUGUCGAGGUUUAUGAAGGCCGGCGUGAAGUAUCUGGUGUGUCUGAGGUGGUUCCUCAUGAGGAGAUCUCUGUUGUUAUGGAGGUUGGGGCGCAUCAGGCGUAUAAGUGGGCAGUUGAGGAAGAGGUGAAAGUUUCUCUUGAGACUGGUGUGGACAAAUUGACGCCGCAUCAAGGGCCCAAUGUUCUUCGGGCGUUUGAUAUAUUGAAUAGAGGGCUGAAAUAA